GUCAAAGCUUUUAGGCGAGUUUGUGUAGAUCUACAGCAUCAUGCUUAGACUUUUCAAAGAGACAAACUCCAUUUUCUUAUGAAUGGAAAGUGAAAAACCCUGUUCCGCUUAAAUUGGGUUCUUUCCUGUCCUGAGAAACACAACAGACCCCAAAAAGGCAAGCUGAAGAGAGAACACACACACAGACCAAGCGACAAGAAAUGACCAUGACUACCAUGCCAGAGAGUCUAAAUAGCCCCGUCUCAGGGAAGGCUGUCUUUAUGGAGUUUGGGCCGCCCAGCCAGCAAAUGUCUCCUUCUCCCAUGUCCCACGGACACUAUUCCAUGCACUGUUUACACUCCGCGGGCCACUCUCAGCCUGACAGCUCGUACAGCACAGCUUCGUCCUUCUCCCGACCGCUGGGCUACCCCUAUGUGAACUCGGUCAGCAGCCACUCGACCAACCCCUACAUCAGUUCAGUGCAGUCCUACCCCAACAGCUCCAGCCUGACUCAGACCCGGUUAGAGGAGACAGGGGCCGAAUCGGAGAAAAGCACUGUGGUAGAAGGAGGGGAAGUUCGCUUUAAUGGGAAAGGGAAAAAAAUCCGCAAACCCAGGACUAUUUAUUCCAGUUUGCAGCUGCAGGCUUUGAACAGGAGGUUCCAGCAAACUCAGUACCUGGCUCUCCCCGAAAGAGCCGAACUCGCAGCAUCUCUGGGACUCACCCAGACCCAGGUGAAGAUUUGGUUUCAGAACAAGCGCUCCAAAUUCAAGAAGCUGAUGAAGCAAGGAGGGGCCGCCCUGGAGAGCAGCGCCUUGAGCAACGGCAGGGCUCUCUCGGGCAGCUCGCCACCCGUGCCCCCGGUGUGGAACACCACCUCCGCCUCCGGUAAGGCCUCCUCGGGGACCCCGGGCACCUACAUCCCCAGCUACACGUCGUGGUAUCCUUCAGCCCACCAAGAAGCUAUGCAGCAGCCACAGCUGAUGUGAUGAUAAACCCGUUUUCCCCCACCGCAAGCACUAACGGUUCCGAAAAGUAUUAAAAUUAUUACGAGGGAAAAAAAAAAAAAAAAAGAAAAAAAAAAGGAAGAAAU